AGCCGCGAAAAGGAGGUCGUCUUUGGACUUGCGAGUUUUCCUGCCGUGAAGCCACUCAAGUCGCCUUUUCCGGCAAACACGGCGUCUGUCGUGAGCGCUGGAACAUUCCGUGGGCUUGAAAAUGAGCGAAAUUGGUCAAAAGGGUCCGUCCGGCACUCGGGAGAGAGAGAGAGAGACCCCCAUUUGCCCCAUCACAUCGUCGGCCGCGAUGAUGACUCCGAAGCGGCUCGCUGCUCUCCUUCUGCUGACUGGAAUCUCCUCCCUGCCUACUCAAAGACACCUGUCGGGCAUAAUCCCAGAAGAUGACCGGGGGAUCCAGGGGUAUCCUGACACCCAAGAGACCUCACGCCACGGAGUCCCCGGACCUGAAGGCAGCCAACAUAUUCGGAACUUUCCAUUUGACAGUCCAGACGACUACGAGCGCACAAAUAUCAAAGAGGCGCAAACGUAUGACUCACCGUGUGACAGCCGUACCCACGACUCCACCCACGGAGCUCGCAGCCCUCCCCGGCAUCAACGUGACUCGGCAGAUGAGGACAACGCUCCGUCCUGGCAAACGCACGACCACGAGCCUUCCCGCCUUAAAGAUGAGUCCGGCCGGAAAGAACGCGCUCAUUCCGGGCGCCGCCAUGACUCCGGCCGGAAAGAACGCGUUCCUUCCCGGCGCCGCCAUGACUCCGGCCGCGAAGAACAUAUCCAGUGCCAACAUGAACACGAGUCCGACCACGAAGAAGUCACCCCUCGUGACUCCAUACGCGAAGAGCACAUCCUCCCUUCGCGUGACACCUUAGUUAGCACAUCCAGUGAUAGCACAAUUUCCAGUGACACCUCAGUUAGCACAACAUCUAGCGAUAGCACACCUUCCAGUGACAGCUCAGUUAGCACAACAUCCAGCGAUAGCACACCUUCCAGUGACAGCUCGGUUAGCACAACAUCCAGUGAUAACACACUUUCCAGUGACACCACAGUGAGCACAACAUCCAGCGAUAGCACACCUUCCGUUAGCACAACAUCCAGUGAUAGCACACCUUCCAGUGACACCUCAGUUAGCACAACAUCUAGCGUUAGCACAACUUCAAGUGACCCCAUAGUGAGCACAACAUCCAGCGAUAGCACAACUUCCAGUGACACCAAAGUGAGGACAACAUCCAAUGAUAGCACAACUUCCAGUGACAGCUCAGUUAGCACAACAUCCAGCGAUAGCACACCUUCCAGUGACACCUCAGUUAGCACAACAUCCAGCGAUAGCACAACUUCCAGUGACACCUCAGUUAGCACAACAUCCAGCGAUAGCAGUACUUCCAGUGACACCACAGUUAGCACAACAUCCAGUGAUAGCACAACUUCCAGUGACACCUCAGUUAGCACAACAUCCAGCGAUAGCACAACUUCCAGUGACCCCAUAGUUAGCACAACAUCCAGCGAUGGCACACUUUCCAGUGACACCUCAGUUAGCACAACAUCCAGUGAUAGUACACUUUCUGACACCUCAGUUAGCACAACAUCUAGCGAUAGCACACCUUCCAGUGACAGCUCAGUUAGCACAACAUCCAGCGAUAGCACACCUUCCAGUGACAGCUCGGUUAGCACAACAUCCAGUGAUAGCACACCUUCCAGUGACACCUCGGUUAGCACAACAUCCAGUGAUAACACACUUUCCAGUGACACCACAGUGAGCACAACUUCCAGUGACACCACAGUUAGCACAACAUCCAGCGAUAGCACACCUUCCAGUGACACCUUAGUUAGCACAACAUCCAGUGAUAGCACAACUUCCAGUGACACCUCAGUUAGCACAACAUCCAGUGAUAGCACAACUUCCAGUGACACCUCAGUUAGCACAACAUCCAGUGAUAGCACAACUUCCAGUGACACCUCAGUUAGCACAACAUCCAGUGACAGCACAACUUCCGUUAGCACAUCCAGUGAUAGCACAACUUCCAGUGACACCUCAGUUAGCACAACAUCCAGCGAUAGCACACCUUCCGGUGACACCUCGGUUAGCACAACAUCCAGUGAUAGCACACCUUCCAGUGACACCUCGGUUAGCACAACAUCCAGUGAUAGCACAACUUCCAGUGACACCUCAGUUAGCACAACAUCCAGUGAUAGCACA